AUGAUUGAGACAGCUGGGGCAAGCUCAUCUACCACUACUGUCCAGUGCAAAGGCCAGGAAACGGCUACCACGAUCAUAUAUGACGCAAGAACGGCCUUGGCAUCUUAUGCCGUCAAGAAAAGCAGUAGCGGCCAUCAUAUGAUUGGAAACGAUAUACCUGAGACCUCAUUCUUACACAAGGAACUACGCAAAAUCUCACAGGCUCGGGAGAAAUCUGAAUCAUUUCAUUGUUUGGUUUCUGAGAAGAAGUCUGAGAUUGACUUUCGAGGUGCAGCAGGAAAAACAGCACUUCAAGUUGCCCUUGAGCUUAAUCUUGUGGUGGAAGCAAACACUCUUGUCCUCGCUGGAGCGGACGUCACCCUAAGCAGUUUUGAUGAGGAGAAGCUUAUCCAUUUAGCAUGCCUCAACGGGCAGACUGAGAUACUCUUUCUUGAAGAGACUGGAAGCACAGCCCAAUUUAUUCUGCGCUUCUGGGUGAGCAUCCGCUCGCUGCCAUGGAAUCGCUGCUCGCCACAGGAAGUCAAGGAAGCGCCUUUUUGGAAGAACGGUGGAAAGCUUCAAGUCAUCGAAAUGGCGGCUAAAAUGAUUAAGCCCUUUGAUAUUCUGGGUUUACUAUUUUGUGAGAUGCCAAGCGAGUGCGAAAUUGUAGUCACUGGAUCUGAUAAUUGGGGUCCGAUCCAGUGGGCGGCACACCAAAGACUUCCAAAUGUCUUGUCCAAACUUAUCGAUGACUCUGUUCGUGCUGAAGACAUCGGUAGGAUGGUCCAUGAGGCAUUGUUGGCAACGUCCAAGUCAAUAACCCCUCAAGAACUCGAGCACGAGCCAUCUUGCGAACUCUUUGCCCAAGUCAUCUGGAUUCUUAUCACGAACUCUCAACGAACGCCCAAGAACAUGGGAGCAGUCAGAGGUGUCUAG